UUCUCUUAUAAGCAGUUUUGAACUAUUGAAAUUCCGUCAAACUGUUAAAUAUAUAUUUUUUAAAUAUGAUAGAAUUCUAGUACUAAAAAAAACUCAUGACUGAGCAAACAAGUCAUUGUUGUUGACCCCAAAUCCCCCAAGACUGAAAAUUCUCAAUUAAGUGGGACCAAGCACCCAAUUGACGGUCGGAACAAAAGAAAAUUGAACAAUCAUACAAGCAGAUUGACAAGGUUCUUGACAAAAAAGAGUUUCCAAUUUUCCAUUCCAAAAUCCCCAUCUUCUCUGUUUCAAAUUAUAUAUUCACUCGAAAAAAUUACCCAACCAAGGCAGCCAAAAAACUAGAAACCAAAAAUCAUGAAAACCGCCAAACUCUUCCUCUUCUCCUUCUUCUCCUUCAUCAUCUAUUCAAAUGCUCAAACAGCUCCAAACACCACAGGCUACAACUGCACCAUCAACCAGACCACAAGCCCAUGCGAAACCUAUGUCUUCUACCGAGCCUCGGCUCCGAAUUUUCUUGAUCUUGCCUCCAUAGGCGACCUCUUCUCAGUCAGCAGGCUCAUGAUAUCAGAACCUAGCAACAUAUCAUCACCGUCUUCAACUCUAGUCCCUAAUCAAGCUCUCUUUGUCCCCAUAACAUGUUCUUGCAAUUCAGUCCCUAACGACACCAGAACCAUCUCAUACGCCAACAUUUCCUACACCAUCAAAGAAGGUGACACUUUCUACUUGGUCUCAACAAACAACUUCCGAAACCUCACUACUUACCAAUCAGUUGAGAUAGUUAAUCCAACUCUCGUCCCUACAAACCUCUCCAUCGGUGUUGAAGCCAUUUUCCCCAUCUUCUGCAAGUGCCCCAACAGGACAUCCCGGUUGGAGAAUGGCCAGAAAGUCAACCAUCUCGUCUCCUAUGUUUUCCAACUGUCUGAUAAUUUGUCAACGGUGGCUUCAACUUUUGGGGUCCAAACCAAGGCCAUAACUGACUACAAUGGAGAAAACAUCAACCCUUUUGACACCAUUUUCAUCCCGGUUAGCCAGCUCCCGGAGCUGACACAACCCGCGACCGCCCCCACCCCGCCGCCUUCCGAAAACGACGACAAUGAUGGCGCCGUUAUAGGAUUGGCAGUUGGGCUUGGAAUUACUGCGGUUUUGCUGGUUUUGGUUGGUGGGGUUUUGUUAUAUAGAGAGAGGUUAAUGAGAAAGAGGAGAGCUUUGUGGGGUGAUGUGGAGAAAGAGAAGGGUCAAUUUGGUAUGAAAGGGAAGAGUAAUAGUUAUAAUAAUAAAGUAGCAAAGGAAAUGGAAGAGACUUUAAUGGCUGAUGUUUCUGGGUGUUUGGACAAGUACAGAGUUUUUGGGGUUGAUGAGCUUGAAGAAUCCACUAAUGGCUUCCAUGAGAAUUGCUUGAUUCAAGGUUCUGUCUACAAAGGAACCAUUGAUGGAGAGGUUUUCGCCAUCAAGAAGAUGAAUUGGAACGCCUGUGAGGAGCUCAAGAUCUUGCAGAAGGUAAACCAUGGCAACCUGGUGAAGCUAGAAGGUUUCUGCAUAGACCCUUCGAAUGCCAACUGCUAUCUAAUCUAUGAGUACGUCGAAAAUGGUUCCCUGUACUCAUGGUUGCACGAAAACGAGAACGGAAAACUGAGCUGGAAAACGAGGCUAAGAAUUGCUGUCGAUGUCGCAAAUGGCCUGCAAUACAUCCAUGAGCACACAAGGCCAAGGGUUGUGCACAAAGACAUAAAAAGCAGCAACAUUCUCUUGGACACCAACAUGAGAGCCAAAAUCGCCAAUUUUGGGCUAGCAAAGUCAGGCUUCAAUGCCAUAACAAUGCACAUUGUUGGAACUCAAGGCUACAUUGCGCCGGAAUAUCUGACUGAUGGAAUGGUGUCCACCAAAAUGGAUGUCUUCUCCUUUGGUGUGGUCUUGCUUGAGCUGAUAUCCGGGAAGGAGGUUAUUGAUGAGGAAGGGAAUGUGUUAUGGGCAGGUGCUGGUAGAGUUUUGGAAGGGAAUGAGGAAGAGAAGGUAAAGAAACUGAAGGAUUGGAUGGACCACAAUUUCCUUGAGGAGUCAUACUCAAUGGACAGCAUGAUGGGUGUCAUGGCUGUUGCUGUCGCUUGUCUGCAUCGCGAUCCAUCCAAGCGGCCGAGCAUGGUGGACAUUGUCUAUGCCUUGUGCAAGAGUGAUGAUCUCUUCUAUGAUAUCUCAGAUGACACUCUAUCAGGGUCCCAAGUAAUAGCAAGGUAAUUGGCAUUAUGGCCUUGAUCAUUUUGCUGGUUUGUGGGUUCUCUAAUGUUUUAUGUGCAAAAGAAACACCUUUUUGGGCCUUCAUACAAGAUAGAAAUACGUGUAAAUUAGGCUUGGCACCACUUUCGAAGUCUAGUUAUUCACCCGCGUCGGAUAAAUUAGACCUAAAUUUUUAAUAAAAUGAUAUAUUCGAACACUAGCUUUCUAAAAGCAGUAUUCGUAUUAUUCAUCCAAGAAUCUUAAGCAUUUUGUAGCUGUAAAAUAGUUUGGUGCCUUGUUCUUAGCCCUCUUGUAAUAUA